AAAAUAUUUUUUCUUUCUUUAUCAUACACAAUGAGUGAUCAACAAACCUUAGAGGAAGAUGAUUAUGUCCCCUAUGUUCCCAUCAAACAAAGACGAUUAGAAAAAUUACAUAAAUAUGCUACACAACGUCGAUUUGUUGACCAACCAGACAAUGACAAUGAUGAAGACGACAAUGUCAUUUUAGCAGGGCCCAAAGCCAAUGUCAGUCUAUUGGAUCAACGUAUGCAACAAAAACUCAGCAAUGCUAUUCCAGGUACGAUCAUACAAUGUGUUCUUCUUGACUUAUACUUGGAGUAGAAAAGACCGAAGAAGAAAAGAGACUAGAAGAAGAAAAACGCAUUGAAGAAGCACAAGCGCGCCAUAAAGCACUUGUUUCUGUUCAAGAAUCAGCCAUGGGCAAGCGAUACACUGAGCCUAUGAAGACUUCAUGGAGUCCUCCUCAUUAUAUUCGCAACUUGACAGAAGUGGACCAUCAAGCGAUUCGUGAUCGAUACCAUAUUCUGAUUGAAGGUGAAGACCCUGUGCCACCUAUUCGCCAUUUCAGAGACAUGAAGCUACCUGAGCCUAUCCUUAAAUACCUAAAAAGUAAAAACAUUGAAAAACCAUCCCCUAUUCAAAUUCAAGGUUUGCCUGUUGCACUGACAGGGAGAGACAUGAUCGGUAUUGCAUUUACCGGUUCGGGUAAAACGUUGACCUUCUCUUUGCCUCUGGUCAUGUUUGCAUUAGAAGCAGAAGUAAGGUUGCCUUUGACACAAGGAGAAGGACCUAUUGGUAUGAUUCUUUGUCCUUCCCGUGAAUUAGCCAGACAAACAUUUGACAGUCUAAACCAUAUGGCAGAUGCACUGGCUAAAGGAGGAUAUCCUCAAUUGAGAUCUUUGCUGUGUAUUGGUGGUAUUAAUAUGAUGGAACAGCAAGAUGUGUUAAGAAGAGGCAUUCAUAUGGUUGUAGCCACACCAGGUCGUCUUAUUGAUCUACUCAGUAAAAAGAAAUUCAAUUUAGAUAACUGCAGAUAUUUGUGUAUGGAUGAAGCAGACAGAAUGAUUGAUAUGGGGUUUGAAGAAGAUGUCCGUAACAUUAUGUCUUAUUUUAAGAGCCAACGUCAAACACUUUUGUUUUCUGCUACAAUGCCUAAAAAGAUCCAAGAUUUUGCUUUAUCUGCGCUAGUUAAACCCAUGGUGGUUAAUGUAGGUCGUGCAGGUGCUGCUAAUUUAGACGUAAUCCAGGAAGUCGAAUAUGUCAAACAAGAGGCAAAAAUGGUCUAUUUAUUAGAGUGCUUACAGAAAACACCUCCGCCUGUGCUUGUAUUUGCCGAGAACAAGAAUGACGUCGAUGAUAUUCAUGAAUAUUUCUUGCUUAAAGGUGUAGAGACAGUUGCUAUUCAUGGUGGCAAAACACAAGAUGAACGUGAAUAUGCUAUUCAAUCAUUCAAGGAGUACAAGAAAGACGUACUUGUGGCUACAGAUGUUGCUUCUAAAGGGUUGGAUUUCCCUGAGAUUAAACAUGUUAUUAAUUUCGAUAUGCCUAAGGAAAUUGAAGAUUAUGUCCAUCGUAUUGGCCGAACAGGCAGAAGUGGCAAGACAGGUGUAGCUACUACCUUUAUUAACCAGAACUGCUCAGAACAAAUUCGAUUGGAUCUAAAGCAUUUGCUAAAAGAAGCAAAACAACGAAUUCCUCCCUUUUUGGCAGCAAUGGAAGAUCCUACAGAGAAAUACGGUAGUUUGACAGGAGGCUGCUCUUUCUGUGGCGGUCUUGGUCAUCGUAUCAAUGAUUGUCCUAAAUUGGAACAACAAAGAAAACAACAGUUCAAUACCAUGAUGGGCAGCAACCGAAAUGCGGAUCGUGGUGGUUUUUAAAUAAAAAAAAAAAAAGGCAACAUGUUCUCUUCAACUACCAUAUAUAGCAAUUUAUAGAUGACGUUUGUGAUGGCAACACUGGUUUUUCUCUAAUAGGAACAUUCUCGAAUUGAGCUAGAAAGUUUUAGUUACCUUCUUUGG